GCGGUGUCGCUGAUGACGUGGAUGGGGAUGUGUUGGCGAAGCGAGCGAACAUAUUGAACAAAACGAUCGUUGGCCCGUUUGGCAGAGCCGACAGAAUUGGUCGAGGUAGUCGUCGACUGUUUUCUGUGGACGGAAGGUGGAGGUGAUCAUGGUGGCCCACUCAAGAAAGAAGUGAGGUGGAAGAUUGGCAUGAUGGCAGCUGGACAUUUCUGUGUACCACCAGCGAGUGGCGCCUUCCAGGAGUUUGGUGCCGCCAAUCGGGAGCCACUGGAUGAUGGGAACGUUAUGGAGGGAGAAGGCUUGUUGGAGUUUGGUAAGCAAGAGGAAGACGUCCUCAUGGUAUUGGUCAGAGAAGGUGGGGAUCUCGGCGAGGAAUGCUGGAGGGGCCGUAGCGGCGAGGGCAUUGAAGUCAAGGGGGUGUGGAUGACGUGCUGGCAGAGAGAGGUGGAUGUGGACGAGGAGGUACGUGGUGUAGAUGGGUGGGGGAAGGGUGACGGAGCCCGAGGUGGAGGAGGGGGCCAAGGUGGUGACGACCUGGAUGGUGGAGGCGGCGUACUGUUGUUCCAUGGUGGUUAUCGGGUCGGAAAGGCCGGAGACGGACGUUUGGAGGAAGUCGAGGGUGGCCUUCAUGGUGUUCAUGAGGGAGAAAAGGGUGGAGGAGUCAGCGGGGGCCUCCUGGGCAGGAGCCUGUUGGCCAGUAAGUUCGCGACGGAGGCUAUCGACAGACUGGUUGUUGAUGGAGUACAUGUUGAUGCGAUUCCUCGGCCAUCGCCAAGGAAACGGCCGGGGCGGUGGCGGUUGCUGGAGAAGCGGGCAGUGAUGACGUGGAGGCAUCUGCAGUGGCGGUAGCGGCGGCGGCAUCAGCAGCGACGCGCUGAGAGUUCUUGGUUUGGCGUGGCAUGCCCGAGGGGGGGAUUGAAAGCUUUUAUUUACAAAAUGAAGAGGAUUUUGAAAG